CGCCCCGCACACGAGCGUUGCGUAUUAGUCGUCGUAUUAUUAUAGUUGUGGUGCUGCUGCUCGACGAGAUGAACUGCACGUCCUGACGAGUCCUCCGUCGCCGCUGCAACACCGCCGCAGUCGCAUAUUAUAUUCCCGUGGCGACACACUGCAGCACACAGUCAUCGUGUAAUAUAUCGCAUAUUAUAAUAAUAUUAUAUAUUAUACAUACUGCACUGCACAUUGCGCACGACCGUCACGCGGCAUAGACAUACGCAUUUAUCAUCGCCGCAGUAGUAUUACAUUAUCAUAAUAUCAUCGCACCAUCGUCGUGUCAGUACGUCGACGACCGCGCGCGUAUACAUCACACCUGCAGCAGCUGUACGCGCGCGCGCGAUAACGCCGUCUCGUUCGUCUCUGAAGAAGUCCGCCGGCCGGACUAUAUACGCUGCACACCAGCCGAAACUGCUGCACAAACAUAACAUACACAAUGCAUAGAAAUCAUUUGUUGUUUUCACUCCUCGGUCUUUUAGCCGUUGCAUGUGCUUUGCCGAACGAUAGGAAGCAAUUCGUUCGAGUCAUCACUGAACCGAAACCAGGAGAAGAAUAUGUUAGCAUUCACACUGGAAUGCCUUCGUCGGCCCUCCAUGGCAAACCUUUGGAGAGCGAUAUGGAUGUGAAAAUCCUCGACGAAGGACAAACGGGUAUAAAAGAAGUCGCUGGUUCCGUGCCAAUGGAAGAAAAAAUUUACGCGCAUAAAAAAUUGUAUCCAUCCAAUGAAGACGGACAAAGAAGAUCAAAGGCUGAAAAAAAAUAUGCCGCGCCAAUUGACACAGAUAUUUCUCACGAUGCAAAGCCGAACAAAUUAAAGAUUAAGAGGGAAGAAGAGACCAUCGAUCAGAGCCCUUCAAAAGUUCAAGACAAAACGAGAAACAAUAACAAUAAUGAAGACGACGGGUUGUUUGACUUCGUGGAUUCUCCAUACGGCAACCAAAAACUCGUCGGUUCAGCUUCUUCUCAGGCGUCCCGGGUAAAUAUCAAAAAAGCACCAAACGGCCAAGAAUAUGAAUACGAGUACGUCUAUUACUAUUACGACGAAGACGAAGAACACGCAAAACCCGGCUCUAAAAAUAGUCAGAGCACAUCAAAUUCGCCACCGACCAGUUCAAAACCCAACAAAGACGUCAAAGAAAACAGCAAAUCAAAAAAACCCGCAGUUGUACAAGAUGAAAAUCAAUUUGUACAAAAUACCAACAAGGGCAGGUUUUCUGCGGUAGAACAUACUGUUACUACAGAAGAACCUGAAGGACAUGCCAACUUUGCAAUUAAUGAUAUUGCUGAACAUAACAGUAAAACAAAGGAAUCUGGACGUAAUCUCGAAGAAGCUUUAUCAGUUCCGUCAUCUUCGCUAGCGGUUUCCGAAGAGCGUCUUCCGCAUAAUCCUAGAUUCCCCGUCCGAUCUCGCGGCAACUCAAAACCUGCUCAGGAAAUUGGUACAACGGCUGUACCCUCUACAGAUACCCCGAUUACUCGUAUUCGAGCAAAUAAUAAUGGCCCACACCAACCAGGUUUGGACUUGGUCGACAGCAACGCUUUUAGAACUCAUUCUAGCAAUGGCCAACAUGCGCAGGCUACUUCACCGAGACACGAAAGUCAUAGAGUUUCAGAUGCUGUGGUACAAACGACCGCGAUGCCAGCAGAUCAAGUAGCAACUAUUAAUAACGCUUAUAACACUCAGCUGACAGAAACAGUAGCAUCUGUAACAGAGCCAGUUAGCUUAGAUCGGAAUCAAGACAAUACCGAUGUGGAUACUAAGGGGUUAUCAUUGACGACAGCAUUAACCCCCGACGAGGUCGUCACGGUCGUCACCCAACGUUAUACCCCAGGAUCGACAGACAAAGGCGCAGUAGAUCUGUACGCCAUUUUACAGCAAACCCGUAGCGAAGAAACGGCCAACACAAUAUUGUCGGGUGAACAUUCCACGAGGUUUGAAGACAGCGAAACUCAAUACCCGACUACUUUAAGGCUGGCUCCAACCACAACUACAACCACCACAACACAAGCGCCGACAACGACGACAACAACAACAACCACAACCACCACUCAAGCACCGCCACCAGCACGUCAAGCUCCUGGAUCCGGGCCCGUGCGUAGCCGUUAUCGAGGCGGCUCCGGGGGUAGCAGGAACUCUUUGACGUCGACCACUACGACGACGACAACUGAGCUACCACCAUCCGAAGAGGUCACAGAAAAACGUAAAUUCAAACCUACCCGAGAACGGAACACACAGGGGUCUGUCUAUAGUAAGAGAUAUCAAUCUUCUACAGCAGCUCUCGAUAAAGAGUCUACCACUGCUGAAAGUGAAGUAGUAACAAGAGCACAAAAACCUUCAUUUGGGGGUCGUCAAAGAACACGCGCAAGCAAACCCGUAACUGCAAGCACAGUUCAAAUUGAUGAAAAUGUAGAGGUUACAUCAGCAGCACCAAAGCCCAACUUUGCGGAAAGGUCUAAUUUGAGGAGACAAAAUAGUAGAAACAAAUUUACAACUUCUGCCUCAACAACUACAACAGCAGCACCAGUACAACAAGUAGCAGAAGAGAAUGAAAACAAUGGUUCUGAACAUGAAGUUUCAGAGCCAACAACCACAACCGCUAAAGCUAUCGGAGGUAGACUGAGACCAAAUAUUAGACCAUUGAGACCAGGUUUGAGAUUGAACUUUGGAGGAAAGGGAUCGUCAACAACAGCAGCACCAGUACAAUCAACAACUCAAGCACCUAUCGUAGAAAGCUCUCCAGAUGAAGUAGAAGAAAAGGAAUUGGUACAAGAAACGAGCCCAACUCCAGCACCUGACACACUUUCAAGGCUUAAGAACAAAUCUAGAUUCAGAGUACCAGAAAAACAAGGUCCAAUCGCACCAAAACAACAAACUCUAGCUCCUCCUGCUACUGGCCAAAAUAGAAAGCAAUUAUUAUCUAAUUUGUUGCCAAAAAAGAAGUCGAUUCAAACUGAAGAGCCUCCAGUACUCGAGGAUGUGAAACCUGUAUUAGAAAAUGAACAGGAAAACGAUCAAGGCGCAGAAUUACAAAACGAAGAAGACAUUGAUCGACAACAACCUUCUUCUACCACGACCAGCACGACUGAGGCACCUCCAUCGUCUACAAACAAAUUAUCAUCUUUGUUAAAGAGAAGGCCCCUGCAAAGAAGACCUGCAGUUGAUCUACCUAGCAGACAAUCAAAUCAAGAUGAAUGAUAAAUCAAAAUUAUAUUUAAACAACUAUUGGAUAACAUAUGUGUAUGAUCCAUAUAGAUACUAAUUUUAAAUGUUUAAAAUGUAGUAUCCAUUUCAGCUAAUUAUUUUAAGUAAUAAUUUUGUUCCCCUAAAUAUAUCAUUAUUUUAUAUUAAUUUUAUAUUGUAAUUUAUGAUUUUUGUAAAAGACCCCAAAAAAUCAUUUUUUUGCAACACUUUGUAGUGUUCUGCAUACUAUUGAUUAGUAUAAUAUGAAUUAUAAUUACAUGCAAUAAUAGUACCAACUAUUAAAAAAAAGUAUAAUUGUUGAAAUAAUUACAAUUCAUUUUCUAAAGGUUAUGAAAUUACCAUCAAAAUACAUUUAUUGACAGUAAACAUAAAAUAUGUCAUUUAAAUAUUUAAUGUACCUAAUUACUUUAUACAAAAAUAUUGUGUUAAUAAUAUAAGAAUAUAAUUUUUCUGAUAAAUAUCUAUAUUCAAUUGUAUCUUCUGUAGUUAACAAUAAAAAUGUAUAUAUUAUA